CCAAAUUAGGGUGAAGGAUCACUCUGCGUUUGAUCAUGUGCCGGCAACGACGAGCACGAACCGCAGCGAUAGCCGUGAGUCUACUGCUCGGUGCUGUAGGAUAUGUAGCUGCCCUGCCGACUCAGACCUCCGAGACAGAAUUCCAGAUCGCGGAGGCUUUUGAGACUACUUCAAAUGAGAACGAGACGACACUCCUGGACGACGUCGUGGUGUCUGCAUCGCUAGAAAGUGAGAAGACCGUGCCACUGCCAGUGGAGACGAAGCCGCGUGACUUGAGGCCAGUCAAAGCCUCAACAACGGAGCAUCACACCGAAAGCCACUCGCUCACUCUGCCGUACGGAGGAGCGUUAGUCGCAGUCGAGGCUACAGCUCUCCUUGUCGGUGGUGCUACGAUCGCUGUGCUAGCGAUCUCGAAGAUCAAAUCGCGGGCUACGACGAUUCAGUACGACUACGACCGAGACCACAUUGACCCAAUGUUACAGUCACUACUGUACAGUGACAUGGACUAUGCUGCAAUUUAAGAGAUUAUUAGGCUGCAGGAUGCGGUUUAAGCUUGACAAUCCUGUUUCGUG